UCAAAACCGCCGCGAGGGCUGAAGCGCGGAAGGAAGAGGGGAACAAAGCCGCUUCGGAGAGGCGGGAGGAAAAAAAGCCGCUCUGGGUUGCAACCACACGGCUCCACUGAAGAGCUGAGGUGGUUUUACGCAGCCUGCAUCUCCGCCACAAGCGAGAGAGAGAGAGCGAGAGAGAGAAGGCGAGGUGAAGGAGGGAGGAGAAGAGAAGAGAGUCAAGAGGAGGAGGAGGAGGAGGAGGAGGGAAAAGGCGCGCAGAGGAAGAGCCGCCGCCGGAGGGCGAGCGGAGGCGCUUCACGGAGGCAGCAGCGUCUCUCUCUCUCUCUCCCUCUCUCUCUGUCUCUCUCUCUCUCUGCUGUGAGGAGAGGGAGGGACGCAUGGAAGGAGGACCCCUGCUUCUCCUCCUCCUCCUCCUCCUCCCUCGCCUCCUCGCCCACCCGCGGCGCCGCUAAGAUGCUCCUCGGCUGACAUCUUCCUCCUCCUCCUCCUCUUCUCCUCACCAUGGACAGCUUCGACUUGGCGCUCCUGCAGGAAUGGGACCUGGAUUCCCUCUGUGUCUAUGAUCCUGACAGAAAUAUGCUGCGCAGGAAAGAAUGGGAAAGAAGAAAUCAGGAUAUCCAGCAUGACGAUGGUGUAUUUAACGCCAGUUACUCUCUCUUCAGUGAACCAUACAAGACUAACAAGGGAGAUGAACUCUCCAGUCGGAUCCAGAGUACCCUGGGCAACUACGAUGAGAUGAAAGAGCUGUUGACGGAUAGAUCCAAUCAAAGCCAUCUUGUUGGUGUUCCAAAGCCUUGCGUAUCACAAACAUCUGUGACUAAAGCUGAGGAGCACUUUACUGCUGACCCAAAGCCACAUAUGCAGGCUUCCAUUUGCAGUCCUCCAACGUCCUUGCCAGUGCCACCAUCUGGACAGCUGAGCAAGGCUACAACAAUGGGUUGGCAAAAGUCUGGAUAUACUUUGGAGAGCCAGCCAAGGGGAGCAAAACAUAAGCAUGGACUAUCUGAUUCACAUUGCAAUGACUUUAAGAUAGCUAACCAAAAGAACAAUUUAGAAAAAGCAAAACUUUAUUCAUCCAGUCCAUCAUCACCAUCUUCAUCCAGUGCUGCACAGGGCCUUUUACCAUCUACACCUGUAGACAGCAUCCGAACACAGCAGCAGCCAAAGCUGAGUUGUGGUGCAGAUGUUGGAGUUCAGGUUCAAGAAAGGGCAGCAAUGCAUAGCAAUGGACAUUGUGUACAAAAUUUUCCCCCUUCAAAGCCCAGUAUAGUUCAACAGAAACCAACUGCUUAUGUAAGGCCAAUGGAUGGUCAGGAUCAGGCUCCUGAUGAAUCUCCAAGACUAAAGGUACCGGCUGAAACCAGCAUGGUGUGUAGUUCAUAUAGAGGGAUACCUUCAGCUAAAACUGAUUCAACUAGGACCAAGUCAAAAACAACAAAAUGUGAUAUCUCCAAGCAAGAUGAAGAUAGAGCAGCCGAUGACAGCUGUGUUGAAGAAAUUUUACGGGACAUGGAGGGUGGAUUCAUUACAUUACUGUGGAAGCUGAAGUCCAAAACACCUGGAGGCCCAGAGGACUCACAGCAUGUUUCUACAGGGCACAACAAUCAAAGAAAAAGUGGUGUUGAGCCAAAGAAUCCAGAACACAGGACAUCACACGCAUCAAUGUUAGAAGAUGACCUCAAACUGAGCAGUGAUGAAGAGGACAAUGAACAGCAGGCAGCACAGAGAUCUGCUCUCCGGGUUCUCUCUGACAGCACUUCAGUGCAACAGCCGAACUGCAGAAUCUCUGGAAUACCCAGCAAGCGUUCAAGCAGCACCAGCUCCAGUGAAUCCGAAAGCAGCUCAGAAUCUGACUCAGAGAGUGAAAGCAGCUCUGGAGAGAGUGACUGCAACAAGCCCCCUCAUUACUCCAGCCCAGAGCAUGAACAGCCAUCAUCAAACAAGUGGCAGUUGGAUAAAUGGUUAAAUAAGGUUAAUCCUCACAAAGCACCUAUUUUGAAUCACAACGGACUGGAAAGCUUUCAGUAUUACUGCAAAACGAAAGACCAAGGGCACAACUGUGAUAGCCUAUCUUCUGUUUGCCAAACCAAUCUCAGAGAUAAAGAGGUUAAGAAUCCCACCAAGGAGGAACUGAGCCCUAGAACAGCUAAUAAAGCCCCAGGGCAUAAAGGAGCAAAGCAAAAACCACCUUCCUCGGCCACUACAGUUUCUGUAGACAGUGGUCCUCUGAGAAGGACAGGAUGUAGAAAACAGCUCAGAAAGACAGAGAGGACCUCUGGUGGUGACAAUUUAAACAGCUAUGCAGCUGACAAUCCUGACUUGAACAGAGUACCUUUGGAAAAUAAUACCCUUUGUGAACAACCUAAACCUAAGCCCUGUGCCAGCAAAGCCGAGCACAGAAAAGAACCACGGUGUGUUGCUCCCUGUGAAAAAAGACGCACAAGAGGGUCAGGUAAAACCGCACCUAAAUCCAAGGAAUUUAUUGAGACAGAAUCUUCAUCUUCAACGUCUUCAGAUACAGAUUCACAGUCUGAGCAAGAGGAGUAUCCUGUACACAAGCCUUACGUUGUGGCCUCAGUACCAGUUGGAAGUGACCAGAAAUUAAAAGACUCUGGAAGUAUCAAUACCAGCAAAGGAAACAGCUGUGGCGCCUUUGGUUCAGUUAACACCCGGACUAGUAACGAUAUAGCAAAGGAACUGGAUGAACAGUUUUAUACACUUGUUCCGUUUGGCAGGAAUGAACUCCUGUCUCCUUUGAAAGACACUGAUGAAGUGAAAGCACUUUGGGUCAAAAUUGAUUUGACUCUUUUAUCCAGAGUUCCUCAACGCUUAUCCGAGGAGCCGCUGCUAAUGAACCCUGGUAGUAAAGAAGCCAUUGGUAUGCAGCAUAACAUUGCCCCAGACCUAUCAGCAGAAAAGGUUAUCCCAAAAUCUAGAAGGAAGCGUAAGUAUGAAAAUGAAGAAGAAAACAGGGACAGCAAGAAGAUUCACAUUGAACAACAAUGUUCCUCCCAUUUACAUGCUCCAAGCCAAGUUAUCUCUACAUCAAAUCACUGCAACAUGAUAAAAAACAGCUUGGGAACAUCAAUAAAUAAAAAUGAGAAAAUGCUUCAGUCACCUGUCUCACCCCUCUCUGAUGCAUCAAAACACAAAUUUUCCAGUGAGGAUUUAGUGUCUUCUAGCAAGCGUAAUGGUAGCAACCUCUUAUCUUCCAUAUCAUCAAGCAAAAGGCGGAAGAAUGAGAGCCAAACUCACCUUCACCCAGGAGAUUUCAAUAAAAUAGUGUAUGUCAAUUCUGACAGUACACCACUCUGCAACAAGGCACAGUGCCAAAAAGAGCCAUGGUCACCUGUAUCCAGUAUGCACCAAGACUGCAGAAGAUCAAAGCUCAUCUUAAAUGAUGGGCCACAUAAUAUCGAUUACUUCAUGCAAGAAGCGAAAAGGAAAAAGCAUAAAGCAGAUGCAAUGGUGGAGAAAUUUGGGAAGGCACUGAAUUAUGUUGAAGCGGCAUUAUCAUUUAUCGAAUGUGGAAAUGCCAUGGAACAAGGGCCCACGGAGUCUAAGUCUCCAUACACAAUGUAUUCUGAAACAGUUGAACUCAUCAGGUAUGCUGUCAGACUAAAAACCCACUCAGUCCCCAGCGCUACUCCAGAAGAAAAACUAUUAGCAACAUUGUGUUAUCGAUGUUUGGCACUCUUAUACUGGAGGAUGUUUCGACUCAAAAGAGACCAUGCCGUAAAAUAUUCUAAAGCACUUAUUGAGUAUUUCAAGAAUUCCUCAAAAGGUGCUCAGGCACCAUCUCCAUGGAGUACCAGUGGAAAGCACACUGGGACACCCUCUCCCAUAUCACCCAGCCCAUCCCCUGUGAGUUCUGUGGGGUCCCAGGGGAGCACAGGCGCACCUUCCCCCUCGUCCAUUGUCAGCAUCCCACAGCGAAUACACCAGAUGGCUGCCAACCAUGUCAGUAUCACCAACAGCAUCCUACACAGCUAUGACUACUGGGAGAUGGCUGACAAUCUUGCCAAGGAAAACCAAGAUUUCUUUAAUGAUUUGGAUGCCUUGAUGGGACCUGUCACCUUGCACAGCAGUAUGGACCAUUUGGUCCAGUACACCCAACAAGGACUUCUCUGGAUCAGGAGCAGUGCUCAAUUCUCAUAAUAUCCAUUGGGACAGAAGACUCUUCCACAGACAAUUAAAUUAUUCUAGACACUGUGCUACAGAAAUACUCAACUAUAGCAUUGCUUCAAAUCAAUGUGAAUAUUGUGUUUAACACUGAACAAUAUUUUUUCAGAGUACAAAAAUCAGUGUGUAUGUAUAUUAUGCAAAGGUUGUCUCCUUGGAUGAAUUAUACUUUAAUAGUCUCCAAAUAUCACUUCAGUUAUUGUAAAGAAGAAAACUGAAAAUAUGUGUAUUAGAGCAAACUCUCUCUCAAUCUCUUUCUACUCUCUCUCUCUCUGUCACACAUACACUCACACAUAGACCUUAGUAUGCUAAUUCUGAACUUUAUGGAUCAGUGUAAUCAAGUCCAGUAAACUAUAGCACCUUUGCUUCAGAAAAGCAUUUUUAUUCUAUUUCAAACACAUUCCUAAAUUUCUGAAAAGAUGGUUUCCUGAUUUAGUCUGGUUGCAGUCAUACUGAAUGAUUUUCUAUUCACAAAGCACAUUUAUUCUGUGCUUCGUAUUGAUGAACAAUUUCUCUUUUCUUGGGGACAAAUGUAUCUCUUACACAAGAUGCUGGGUGCCAAUUUGCAUGCUUUCUGGCAGCUUUCCUUCCCUCGAAGUAGUACUUUCUUCAUGAGCAGUCAGCCUCAUACACAAGAAUAAAACUACUAGUAUGUAACAAUAAGGGCUUCUUUCCAUUUACAGAGUUCAGGCAUAAUAUUUUAUUGAUUCUUAUUCUGGAAUGUUUGAUUUGUAUUCUGCAAAUUUUGGUAAAAUCACACAAUAGCUGUGCUUUGCAGUCCUACACAAGAUCAGGAAUGAGCAAUUCGCUUAUCCAUUGUUUUUCUGGGCCUUUGAGCCUCAGCCAUUAUUUCAAAUUCUCUUCCAUUUUAAGUGAGUGCAGCAUUAAUUGGGUUAACCCAAGAAUCACUGGAAUAGCUUUGAAUUCACUACAUCCAAAACUGUCUCUGCUGAAAACUGUUUCAGAGCCUUACAAUUGCUACCUCUAGUGGGAAUGCCACCAGUAUCUUUACAUGGAUCAAAGCAGGCUGCAAAGGCUGGAUCAUGGUCAUCCACCCAAGCUAACAAUUCUGAGUUAGACUGUAUUUACCUUUCAUUCAUCUCCAAUAAAUCUACAUAGGAUGGUGCCACAAGCUCCAGAACCACUUAAGAGUUCUCCCCUUGUACACAUCAUUUUAAUCUAUUUAUCAAAAACAAUUUCACAGUAUCUAACAAGAAAUAACCAUAAUGUUUGUCAAUUAAGAUGCUCCAAAUAAAAAUUAGCACAUCAGGAUCAGGAAGAAAUCAAAACUUCUUAAUGUCAGCUGGUGAAUACUGUAGAACUGAAAUUCUCAUAGAUAUAGGUUGAGCGUUAGCAAGAACCUGGCAGAAUAUAAUUCUCCCCCCAGAGUACUUACACAGUUGGCAGAGUGUGCCCCUUUAUCCCUGUUUCCUCCCCCGCUGUGUGACAUAGUCUGGGCCUCCUGAAUGCAGUGUCAUCCUCCCAUUCAGUUAUUGAUCAGCUGUAGAGGUGUGCAUAGACAAAUCCCACCUAUGCUCACACACCUGGGGAACAUGGGGCAGUUUCUGCCUCACAUGUAAGAUUUCUUCUUCUCUGUAUGUAUGAAGACAGUCUGAAUGCGUCUAUGCACCCAGCUGGUCAAUAGCUGGAAGGAUGAAGCUGCUGCUUGGAGUCCCCAGGCCUCUGUUUGACAUUAGGGCAAGGGUGUUGUACAAGGAGGUACUAGAUUUUUUACACAGUGCCCCCAAAAGUAUAUUAUAUAACGGGAGGAAACAUUUUGGUGGGAGUGCAGACUGCAGUGAAUAAUUCACAGGAGGUUAACACUGACUCAACAAAAUUGCCUACCAUUUGAUUCACGUUGCAGUUCACAUUGUAUAACAACCAAAAGUUAACCUGGAGCCUACUUUUUAAGCAGGGAUGUGCCCAGUCCUUUUCUUUUAGCUGGAUGUGCUGUGAGAUGCACACCCAGUUACAGGGAAAAAUAUGUCCCAAGAUGAUGAUGUUCCAGUGUAUCCAGCUACAGGAAAAAACUGGAAGUUUCCCUGCUCAUCUUCCAGCUCUCUGAGAACACAGAAGUGGCCAUAUGGGUGGAGACUCCACUACAUAAAUAGGAUUGGGGAGUUAGCAUCAAAUGCAGUUACAGAAUUGUACCUGUGUCCAGCUGUCCAGAUUAUUUUUUAAAAACAGUCUUAAACUAAAAUUUAAGUGCUGAUUAAGGAUUCUGCCUCUUUCCCUUUUCUGUUAUCUUUAAUGACAGAUAAUAUAUGAUGUUUAUUAAAGUACAGAAUGUUAUUUCUCUUUCAUUUUAUCCGUUAUUACACUUGUGCCCUGAUUUGUCAAUCCAUUACAGGCAUUUGGAUGUUAAUUAUCCAAUACAGAGUGCUAGGUCUGCAAAGAAAAGCCAUGCACAUUUAGAAAUCUUAUCUCUCUGGCAGUGAAGGAUCCACUCACAUCUAUGUCCGAAUUCCUAUAUACAUACAACUCCUGGUCUUGUAGCCUUUCAUUUCCUUAAAUUGUAAUUUCCCAUCUAUUACAGUUACAACAACAAAUAUUCUUGUUGCACCCUAAAAAGUAUCAAAUUUUAUUUGUCAUAAGCAUUUGUGUACUUUAGCACUUAUACCUAAGAGGCACUGCACCAUGCAUUUGGUGAAAUGGGUUGUUGUCUAUGAGAUCUUAUGUCAAAUAAGAGUUGUUAGUCUUUAUAAAGUGUCACAACAUUCCUCAUUUUCCUUGUUAUUAAGAGCUUCUUUGGAUAAAUACAAUCAUUCCUAGAAAUUGAAAUGUUUUUUGGGGGGGAGACCUCUUUGUUUGUUCAUUAGUAUACAACCUUUUUUACUUAUUUAUGUUUAAGGUCAUUGCGCUUAUCGUCCAUAAGAUGAAGUUAUCAGUGUAAGGACACAAGUACAUAUACUUGGUGAAUAAGGUCUAAAACUAGUGAGCCUGAAGAAUAAUUAUUGCCACUAUACUCAGAGAAUAGUACUCUUUGGACUACAUAAAAAUUGGCCUUCUAUUAGUAACUUACACAGGCAUAGGUUUAAUAUAUGCCUCCAUGUGUCUUUUUUUAUGUUGUUUCUUCCUCCUUCAUAAAAUCGCCAAGCUCCUCAUAUACCCAUCUUCUUGCUUACUCUGCAGCCAUAUAGUGACCAAUGAAUAGCAAAGGAAAGCUAAGAAUCACCUGACAAAACCAUUAAAACAUCUUCCUCUGGAGGUCCUGGAAGAUGGAUUAUUUGUUUUGUUGUACUUUUGACCAUAGACACAUAGCCAGGUGCUUCUUAUCUGUGCCCUGCUCUCAACCAACUACUACUUGUCCAUGGAGUGCAAAGAUGAACAGGAGGAAAGUGAGCCAUUCAGGCGAGGAUGCGGAGAUCUUUCUUCGUCCCACCAGGAUCUCACCAGCAUCUGUUAGUCCCAACUAGAUUGGAUCUAUUGAAUCAAAGGGAAUUUGGCAAAUCAGCACUUAUAUAAGUUCCAUUGACUUUUGGUGUCUGCUCUAGUUGGGACUAUCAAUUGGAUUUAGGCAUGUACUCAGAUAACAUCUGAACAGGAAAACUAUAGCAAAACUAGAAUGGGAAGGGAGUUAAUGUUUUUGCAUAGAUUGAGUAUCCCUUAUCUAAAUACUUGUAACCAGAAGUGUUUUUAAUUUUUAUUUCUCUGGAUUUUGAUAAAUUUGCUUAAAUGUAAUGAGAUAUCUUGGAGAUGGGACAUUUAUGUUUCGUAUACACCUUAUACAUUUAGCCUGAAGGUAAUUUUAUAUGUAAUAUUUUAUAAUCCUGUGUAUGAAAAAUGUUUGUGUACAUGAAACCAUCAGAAAGCAAAUAUGUCACUAUCUCAGCUAUCCAUGUGGACAAUUUCAUAUUUUGAAUUUCUGUAUAAGGGAUGCUCAGCCUGUAGUGACAUUAUCCCAAUAAUGACACUGGUCAAUAAGAUCGCACCAGUGUAAGAUGGUCAUUGAAUUAAUUUUUUAUGCUAUUUCCCUUUUUAAUGGUUGGCCUUCAAAACUAUGCAUUAGUAUUGAGAUAUAUAUUUCCACCUAUGAACCAGGUUAUUAAUGUUGAGUUGUAAUAAGGACAACCAUUUAAACCUUUUUGAUGAAUCCAUCCACAAGGCUGCAACUGACAUAAGCCUUGAUGUGUGUGUAGUGGGGCUUUUUUACUGAAAAUUUUUCAUCAAAAUAACACCAGACUUUGAAAACUGAUGUACAUUGAACAUGUCUCUCUUUCUCUAAUAGGUAGCAGAUAAGACACAUGCAUGUCUACUCAGAAGUAAGUGUUAGUGUGUUCAGUGGAGCUUGCUCCCUUUCGUGUACAUAGAUCUGCUGCCUAAGUGAUUCAAACUAGUAAACAAUCACAACUGA